UGUCACGACUCCAGCCUUUCUCUUCAUCCUGCAUCUCUUACUGUCCGCCGACGUGAGAGUCCAGAGCCGCGCAAGACACAAGUAUCUCUACCGCAUCUCCCAUAACCCCUCUUCGCAAUGGCUUCAGACAAGAUGGACCGCGGCCUCGACGAAAUCAUUGCAGACAAGCGCAGCAAUGGAUCUCGAAACCGACGCGGUGGCGACCGCCGUCGUGACCGUCAAGACUACCCCCGUGACGGGGUGAAAAAGUCUCUCCGCAACGAACCUCGAAACCUGGAUAGCGAAUGGGUUCAUGAUCGAUACGAAGAGAACAGUACAGUCUACCGCAACAGAGGUCCUGCACCGCGUCGCAGGCGCGAGUCCCCCAGCGGCGGAGAUGCCCGGGGCACCCGUCUCAGAGUUGAAAAUAUUCACUACGAUCUCACCGAGGAAGAUCUCGAUGAACUUUUCAGAAGAAUCGGUCCCAUUACAAAGCUGCAACUUCGCUACGACCGGUCUGGACGGUCCGAAGGCGUAGCUUUUGUGACUUACGAGAGCAGAGACGACGCCGCUGAAGCUGUUCGACAAUUCGACGGCGCCAACGCGAACGGCCAGCCCAUUCGUUUGACCAUACUGUCAGGCGGCCCUUCCCGGAACCCAUUCGAUACUGCCGUUAUGCCCGGCAAGCCUCUGUCAGAGCGCAUCUCUGCUCCUGGGGGCAGAUCUCGAUCGCUCUCCCCUCAUCGCAGAUACGACGAAGAAGAUGCGGCUCGCAGAGGCAUUGAUCGAUACGUCCCGGGAGGUAGCCGCUCUCGAAGCCCCAUGCCGCCCCGUCGUGGUGGAGGUCGUCGCCCUGGUGCUCGACGAGAGGGUGGCGGAAGGGACCAGGACGCGGCUCGUGGUGGCCGACAGGGCGGAGGCAACGGAGGAAACGGACGUGCUGCACGAACAAACACGCCGCGACCCAAGAAGACGCAAGAAGAGCUGGACGCCGAGAUGGAGGAUUACUUCAACGCCAAUGGCGGGGCGGCCGAGCCUGCUGCCGAAGCCGCUGCCGAAGCUUCUGCGCCCAACGGAGAGGCCGCUGCGCCUGCUAACGCUGAUGACAUUGAUAUGAUCGAGUAACUUGACUCACGACGAUACGCUCUCGGUACAGGGGGAAUGGGGAAUGCGAUUCAUGGGGGCUCUCUGGAGUAUCGGGCUCGUUGUUUUGCAGAAAAAAGGCCAUCCAAAGCAUGGGAGAUGGAGCAUAUAUAUAUAAUUAAAGCAAGGUUGUCGUUCAGGAAUGGAUUAAUGGUCGUUCGGGUCAGGAAUCAUGGUGUUUGAUGAA